AUGCAGGCAUUGGUGGGUGAGGAGGUGCGCGCCCUGCUGGAAGAACUGAGCGACAGCGGUGGGAGGCCGACGCAGCUCAAGAACCUGCUGCCACGCUCCGUGCUCAACGUCAUUUUCCAGUUCUGCGCUGGCUACCGCUUCCCUCGCGGCGACCAGCAGCUGCACACGCUGAUCGACGUGCAGGACGAGCGUUCGCGCGCCUUCGACAUGACUGGAGGCAAGCUCAGCACCAUGCCGUGGCUGCGCUUCAUCCAGCCCGAGGCAACGGGCUACAACGCUAUCAACAAGUUCAACGAGAUAACAAGCGCCUUUUUUAUGAAACUUAUCGAAGACCACAAGGCCACAUAUGUUCCAGGGAAGAAAAGGGAUCUCAUAGAUGCAUAUUUGUGUGAAAUUGCAAAAUCUGAAGAAGCCCAAAAUGAUAACGCACCAUUUACGGAGGAUCAGCUUCUCAUGGUGUUAUACGACAUUUUUGUUGCUGGCUUGGAAGAAGUAAGCAACGCUCUUCGAUUUGCAUUUCUUAUGAUGUUACGGCAUCCCGAUGUCCAGGAACGAGUGCAGAAUGAGAUAAAAGAAGCAGUUGGUACUGACAGAUUUCCAACACUCGAGGACAAAGACAGAUGGGAGAGAUAG